UCACUUUGCUCAUCCCAUCCUACACUUAUCCACUCUUCUCCCCUCUUCUGCAAUCUCUCAAUCUACAUCAAUGGCCGCUAUAACCCUUCGUUUCAUCUGCGCUUUCCUUUCCAUCCUCGUACUUUCCUCUUCCGCAUUCGCGGGGCGUGGCAUGCCAAACGCCGACUCCAAGAACAUGGACAAGAAACAACCCGAGUUUCUCUACGACGGAACUGUCCUUAUUCCUGGGUUUGGUCGUGUCGUUGUCCCUCACAAGAAAGUUGAUCCCUUUAACUAUAACCCCAUCACCGGGAGAAGUGGCGCCGGAACUGGAGCCAUUAACCCCAUCGACGACAUUAUUGGUAGUGGAAGUGCAGCCGCCGGUUCCACCUAUAUUCCCGGUAAUGAUGAUACUAUCAUCCCUAACCCCGGUUUCGAGGUCCCGGCCGUGGGUGGCGGCCUGCCAACUCCGCCCGCUCGCCAUUGAUGACGUUAUCAUCAGCUUCUUUCAUUUCUUGGUUCGUCGUUAAUUUAGUAUUGAAUAAGCAGGCGUGCAUGGCGUGUAGGAUACUAAUUAAGCAUCUUUUUUUUUUUUUUUUCAUAGUUCAACUAUGUAUUGUGUCCGUUUAAGAUUGUAUUUUUGAUGUGGUACGUUGUUGUAUGUUGAGUUAUUAUUAUCAAUAAAAUUGUCUUGUUUAAUAUUUCA